UUUGAAAGUCGGGCGCUGAUUGGCUGUUUGGGGAGCAAAGUCAGUUUAAACUGAGGAGCGGCAGAAAGCCCAGUUGGACUUCGAACCGGCAGCAUCUCCCCUCGGAUUGAGACCGAACCGAUACCGAACCUAUCCCCGGCAGCAACCGGACCGCCAGAACCCAUGGCCUCCCAGAACCUGGACCCCGCAGCGGCUGCAGCUUCCUCCGCAGCCGCCCUCAAGGGCAGCGAGAGCGGCAGCAGCGCGACCAAAGGCUCGGUGACCAAGAGGCUGCAGCAGGAGCUGAUGACCCUCAUGAUGUCGGGUGAUAAGGGGAUCUCGGCGUUCCCAGAGUCCGAUAAUCUCUUCAAAUGGGUCGGAACCAUCGACGGAGCUCAAGGGACGGUGUACGAAGGGCUGCGGUACCGGCUGUCCCUGGACUUCCCGGCCGGGUAUCCGUACCAGGCGCCGCGCGUGAAGUUCGUGACGGCGUGCUUCCACCCCAACGUGGACGAGCAGGGCUUCAUCUGCCUGGACAUCCUGAAGGAGAAGUGGUCGGCGCUGUACGACGUGCGCUCCAUCCUGCUGUCCGUCCAGAGCCUGCUGGGAGAACCCAACAACGACAGUCCCCUCAACACGGCCGCUGCAGAACUGUGGGCCAACCAGGACGCCUUCCGAGCUCACCUCCACGCCACGUUCCAGAAGUGAGACCGCUCCUCGCCUUCUUCCUGUCGUCUGAUUGUAUCAUAUUUUUAUGUGUGUUUGCCUCUUUGUGUUAAUAAAGUUUUUAAUUCAG